AUGGACAUGUAAAAUCGACCAGGAGGUAGGACCGGCUCGGGUCCUAUGGCAUCAGCUGCAGAUGCCAAUGUCGAGAGAAGAGAACGUCUUAAGCAACUGGCCAUGGAGAUCAUCGACCUCCAAAAGGACCCUUACUUUAUGAUCAAUCAUCUUGGUACCUAUGAAUGCAAAUUAUGUUUGACUCUCCAUACCAAUGAGGGAUCAUAUUUGGCACACACUCAAGGAAAGAAACAUCAAUAGAAUCUGUUGCGCAGAAAAGCCAGAGAAGGCAAGGAUCUCAAUGCGAUGAUGCACAUGGCCAAAUAAAACCAACCCAAACCCUAGAAACAUAAAACUAUUAAGAUAGGUCGUCCAGGGUACAAGGUCACACGCACUGUCGAGAACACUUCUAAAGUUCUAUAUUUUGAGCUUUAUUAUGAAGACAUUCAACCCGGAUUCAUCCCCAAACACAGAGUUAUGUCAGCCUUUGAACAAAAGAUUGAGUAGCCAGACAAGAAUUACUAGUACUUGAUAUUCGCUGGUGAACCAUAUGAAAACAUUAGCUUUAAAAUACCUAAUCAAGAGAUAGAAACAUAAGAAGGCAAAUUUCAACCAGUUUGGGAUAAAGAUAAAAAAAUAUAUUCACUCAGAGUAUAAUUUAGAGAGAAAAAAAACACCAAAUGAAUUAUUACAUUACAUUAUUAUUUAUUAUUCAUCA